UUGGUUAUCUCAAGGAGAAAGAAGUUUUCGCAUUUCGUUAUCCCAUUCAUAAUCUUUUGUACGAUAAAAUAAUUGAUGUAUCACAGACAUUUACAUCUAAACUGACGAACUAUACAAUUUUUUUCUCAUAAUUAGGGGGAACAGACAUCAGUACAAUUUUUCCUGCAAUGUGACCGCUGGUGACUGAGAACGUUACACACAUGUGGUGUUUACUAAUACAAAGCAUAUCAUUGAAAUAAAUUGAACGUUUCACCUCUCAUACCCAUGUGCCAAUGAUACAUCUAUAUUUUAUGUAAUUUAUGUACAUAGCUUAGUUAAUAACUGUUAAACACGUAAGUUGUGACAACAAGUUCCGCUUUUCGUCAUUAGAGGGGGAAAUGGCUAAGUUUCGCCGGGCGAGGUAAAGACGGUGGUCGCAAGCUGCAUGUAAACAAUUGCAAGCUGUGUCCAUUUAAAUUUUUGGGACAUUUUGGAGAUGAGCGAAAAUGGAUGCACUCAUCUGAUAAGUUUUAAAGCUUCUAAGGGAACCAAGGCUUACAAAAUAGUGUAUUCUUGCCUCGUAGCGUGCUCGUCAGCUGAGGCCCGGAGAAGAAAGGCAAUAGCAAGUCAGUGUACGGUGUGCAAGUACGGUGGGCCUCGGUUACAUUCAUGCUUGCAUUGUAUUUAUUUUGGGUGUAUUGUACGUGGUCACAUGCAGGAACAUGCGAAAGUGAAAAAACAUUUCUUAGCUGUGGAACUAACUUAUGGAAUGGUGAUGUGUUUCCAUUGUGGCGACUAUAUUUAUGACAAGGAAUUAUCUAGUAUAGCACUAGAGAAAGAUGCACAAGUUUUCAAGAGAAUUGGACUGUCUGUACCAUACAGACCAUGGGAACCGAGUGCAUAUGAUAUCCGUCUGCUGCGAAAUAACCCGCACAGAAGGCAUAUACUAGAGGACACAACCAUUGGUCUCAGAGGCCUAAUUAACUUAGGCAAUACAUGUUUUAUGAACUGCAUUGUACAAGCAUUAACUCACACACCUUUACUGCGAGAUUAUUUCUUAGCAGGAAAACAUGUUUGCCAGUUUCGUGAACAACCUGGUCGGUGUUUGGUGUGUGAAGUUUCUAGGCUCUUCCAGGAGUUUUAUUCUGGUAAGAAGACACCUUUGACAUUACAUCGUUUGCUGCAUCUUAUCUGGACGCACGCACGCCACCUAGCUGGUUACGAACAGCAAGAUGCGCACGAAUUCUUCAUAGCUGCGCUCGAUGUCCUUCAUCGUCACUGUAAGGGCACCAGUCCUCUUCCCACAAGCAAUCCACAUCACUGCAAUUGCAUCAUAGAUCAGAUAUUUACAGGUGGUCUGCAGUCAGAUGUUGUCUGCCAAGCUUGCAAUGGUGUUUCAACUACAAUUGAUCCUUUCUGGGACAUCUCUCUGGAUUUGGGACCAGCUGCAGUGGCACAGAGUGGAACAACAGAAGGUGGAACAAUAUCACAGCAUCAACAACAGCACCACCAACAGUUGUUGCAGCAGCAACAUUCACAGCAAAGUCAGCAGCAGCAGUUGCAACAGCAGCUGCAGCAGCAGCCACAAGAACAGCAGCAGCAGUCUGCACAGUCUGAACCAACCUCUUUACUUGACUGUCUUGAAAGGUUUACAAGAGCUGAACACCUGGGGUCAUCCGCGAAGAUAAAGUGCAGUAACUGCCAGAGUUAUCAGGAGUCUACUAAGCAGCUCACUAUGAAGACUUUACCUGUUGUGGCGAGCUUCCACUUAAAGCGAUUUGAGCAUUCCAGCCGUUUUCAUAAAAAAAUAUCUACAUUCAUUGCUUUUCCGGAACAUUUAGACAUGACACCAUUUAUGUCACACCGCCGUAAUCAUAAUCACAGCUGCAGUACAGGAACCAACAACAGUAGCUGUCGGAAUGUUUUGGGUGAUAACAGGUAUUCUCUUUUUGCUGUGAUAAAUCAUCUGGGUUCACUAGAUGCUGGCCAUUAUACAGCAUUUAUUCGUCAACAACGGAACCAUUGGUUUAAAUGUGACGAUCACCUUAUAACAAAAGCAAAUAUCCAGGAAGUGCUGGAUAGUGAAGGUUAUCUUCUGUUUUAUCACAAACAGUUCCUUGAAUACGAAUGAAGGUGAGGGAUACAUUAGCCCGACACUGAUUACAGUAUUAUUACCAGAUGUGCAUUCUUCAGUUGAUAUUAAUGUUGUGCAUGACAUUUCAUGAGAAAGAUCAUGAUAUACACAGUGUAACUAGAAGACUGUGUGCACAGUUGACCACUUCGGUAAACUUUGGUUCGAAGAUAAUUGUGAUACUCAUACUUCAUUUUUUAUUUCGUGGGACAGAAGUUUGAAGUUUUGUUGUUUUAUAUUGAACCUGUACUUACAGUUGCCUUCAUAUAGAAGGUGUCAUGUGAUUUUGCAUUAAAAAAUAUACCCAGAUAUGAGAAACUUUGAAACACUAACGUACCUGGUGCAGAACUGCCAUUUCUCUGUGUUUGUAUUUGUAUUUGUGUGUGUGUGUGUGUGUGUGUGUGUUUUAGAAAGAGAGAGAGAGAGAGAGAGAGAGAGAGAACAUACAAAAUCAUUUGUAUGUACCAUUGUAUUAAAAUGAGAAACAAGUAUCUUAAAAAAAUUCUGUAAAUUUGUGGUUUAUGUACUUCCAUAUUUGUGUAAUUUAACAUAAAUCAGAACAUUUAUUUAUUGUAUGUAAUGGAGUAGUGAAGGUAUACCCUACCUUGAUAAAGUGGAUGUGUGGUAUAAUUUUAUGCAAGGGGUUGUGGGAGCAGGUAGAGAGGAGAGUCAAGGUGCCACGUUUGUACCAGUGCCCAUAUAACAUAAAUGGAUGUCCUCAGUGUUUUAGGUGGAGGAAAAAAAAACACUUUCUGGCUCAGGUAUUACAUUAACUCUUUCAUGUACUUUGUUUCGGGGGCAAGGAGUUUUCUUGCUGGGUUUAUUAUAAUAUCUUUAUUGCACUCAUUUGUUAACAUUUUAUACAGAAAAUUAUCAGGUACUUCCUUUAUUUAGCAAUAAUAGUCCUUAACUGUCCCUUUAAUAUGAACAGAAUUUUAGUGUCAUUAUUUGAAGAUUUGUCACCUGCAGGUGAACAUCAGAGCUUUCAACAGAGUUAAACUUGACUUUUGUCUAUGAUUCAUAAAAUUAUUAUGUUAGUAAUAAUCUAUAUUUUUCAAAUGUAAAUUAUAUUCUGAGUUAAUUUCUGCCUCAAUGGCAGAAACAGCCUCAACCAUGUUUGUUACUUUUGUUUUAGCAUGUAUAACAAACAGCCUAUGUGUUCAUGCAGCUGAAUGUGUGCUGACAGGCUCUUUAUUUAUCCCCCCCUCCCUCUAUCUUAUUUAUUCCCCCCCCCCCCCUUUCUUUCCUUGCAAAAGAUUUCCACAUACUGCCUGAAGUACAUAUGGGUGCAUAAAAGUAGAUUUUUGGAAUAAAUAAAAUAAGGUAUAAUCGUCAUUUCAAGUGUUAUGUGACUCAGAUAUCAUCAAAACUCUCUUGCUGCUGAAUUACAGUGUAUGGUUUAAGAGAGAUAACAUAAUGCCACAAAUGAAUUUUGUAGGAAUGUGUUGUUGUUAAUUGAGGAAAUAUAAUAGAAAUUCCGAGUAAAAUGGCAAAUUAAAUACUUAAUUUUUGUAAUUACAACAGUGGCAAGUUGUGGUACUAUCAUAUUUAUGGGAAAAAUUACUAGUAAGUAAAUGAGAGACUUAAAAAUGUAAAUUCAUUCUCAUACUGCACAAGUAAAUUCUUGUACCCAUUCAUUCUAGUGUGAAUUCAUGCAUAAUGUUAAAGUUAAUAAUUAUUCAGAGCACAGAAAAGAGCAAGAUCAAUGUCUAUUGCAUAUUUUGGCAAUUUCAUUGUGAGUUUGUAAUUUCUCUUAAUCUUUCUGGUCCGAGUCACUUCCUGCAAGGAAACAUUACUUGAAAAAUAAGAGAUAUAAUUUUUUAAGGUAAAAGAACAUUUUUGGUUAGGCUUUACCAUGAUUUAUUGAUGUCAAUUGAAAGAAAAUGGUAACAGGAAACUUCUUGUGUCAUUCAAAGGUAUGGUGGUGAAUGUAGACAGGCCACACUCUUUCAUAUAACAUUUUGAUAGCAUUUACUUAAUUAAAUAAGUGAAUCCUUACACUUGACUGCUUAUUUUUUUGCAAUAUGUUUCUUGAAUUCAAAUUUUCCCAGUUGACUGUAAAACACUUAAAUAAGAGACCUGGAAAAUGUUAAUGGUAGAUUAUGUACAUAGUGAUUCCUCUACUGCUUCCCUGUGAAAUUGCUCAUUUUUAAUUUUUGCUAUAUUUUUACUACAAAAUGUAGAUGUAUAUACACAUUUGUGAAGUGUAAUGAUUUGUGCAUUUUUGCCUUCAUUAUAUCACAUUAAAAGGUCUCAUUUGAAACAUGUUCAUUUCAGUAUACUUAAGAAAGAAGCUAAUGUGGACUUAACGCAGUCGUAUACUGACAUGGUUGUGAUUGUUCUCUUGUAGUUCCUUUAUUGAGACUUUUUCUCCUUAACUGAGAAAACACUGGUAUUUCAGAGAUGCUCAAAAUAUUAAAUUUAAAUUUGGAUAUUUUACACUAGCCUUUACAAAGAACAUUUGAUACAAUAACACUAAUUAUUUCUUUUGUAGCACACAUGUGCAUUCA